CACGAAAGCGGUAGCGAUACUUGUUUUGUUCAGAAAAUUGAAAAUGAAGAGCAUGUUCCGAACUCCAGUAGAACAUCAGCACAAAAGGGAAAAUGCAACUUCGCAUAAUCCCCAGCACUGGCAGCUUUCGCCGGCAGCGGCAUCUUCAGCAAACGACAGCGCAGCAGAUGCUGACUGCGGUUGUACCAGUGCGUUUCAAACUACUUCUUCUCCCGCUGAUGAUAUUAACACAGGACCUGCUCCUGUAGCACUGGUUCCCGCCACUUCAUCUCAACAUCUGGCUGAAGGCCGCGGACAAGGGCAACAAGAUGACGAUUUGACGCGACUGGAAAAAGCAAGCAAAAAGCUGAUCGAAGAAAGAAGAUUGCGGUACUACAAUGCGCGGGGAAAAUUGGUACUGAAGUCAAAAUCAAGAAGAACAAGAGUAGGAAAAGCAUACAUUGAAAAGCAAAAUGAAAAGACACUGCAAGAAACCGCGCUUCUCCGACAAGUGGAUGCCAUGAUGCGGGUGGGUGGAUUGGACUCGGAGAGUCCAUCUUUCGCCCUUGCUUUGUUCAUCCAAAGGACGAUCAACGCCAUCGCGGAUGCGAAACUGCGGGCACUGCUCAUGAACGCGGACAGCCUGGACUCGCAGCAACAAGCGUGGAUUGCGCACUAUCGCCAGCAGCUGAUUCCGUGGCUCCGCAACCUCGGCUUUUUGCCUUCGCAACAGCACGUGCACGACCCGGACCCUCGUGCGGGAAGAACUAGAUCUGAUGCAAUACAAAUUGCUCCUUGGCUGCGCGAAGUUUUAGAGGAGCAAGGAGCAAAAGCACAAAAAGAGGAGGAGGAGGAAGCGCUCAUAUGAACUGCAAAAGUAUCGUACUCGUAUAAAUGCAUUACAAAUUUUCUCAGCAUGAGAAAUAAAAUUUGCAAUGCUGAUUUGCCUUGAUAGAGAAAUUUGUAAUGCAAGACCUGCAUUUAUACGAGUACGAUACUUUUGCACAGCAUAGCUCAAAGAUUUUUACAACAUCCUGCCCGCUUGCAGACGGCUGGUCGAGUUGUUUCCGGAGCAAGCGUAUGAUCCUGUGAAAAAGUUUCGUACUUCUCGUGUGAAAAUGAAAAAUGUAUAGUCAUGCAGCAUCACAGGACGAGAUGUGCUUCUUUGUCUGAAGGAGCCGCAUGAGAAAUCCAAUUAAUAUCGUCUUUCAGAAAUAAAAUUCUUUGUCAUGCGUUUUCUACUAGAGGUACGAAACUUUUGCAGAAUGCAUAAAGCGCAACGGGUCCCGGCAGUGUGGCAGUCUGGUGUGCACAAUCUGUAUCGGGAGGAAUGGGAGGAGAGCUGGGAUCUGCAACAGAGACGGAAGAAGUCAGUUGCGCGUGAUCCACUUUUGGUGCUGCAGGAACACCAAUCCGACGGACUAAGAUCACGACAAGCUGCUUUUAUUUCAGCAGGCGAGGCUGCAGACAGAAGUUUUACAACAACCUCCGAGCAGGCGGGCACACAAGAUGAAAUACAAGUGGAUCAUUUUUGUCCUCCCACGUCUGGCUCUUCUUCAUCUGUACGUGUAGUACAACCCCAAGUGCACUCACAACACUCGCAGAGUAAAUCUUCCUCCGUCGGCUCCUUUCCAUCUUCCGGGAGCUGCAGUCUCAAAAAUCACGACCCAAAUGAUGAAACGUCGAAAGACCUUGACUCUACCCUCUCGUCCACCGCCGCACGGCAAAUUAGGAACCAAAUCAACGAAGUUGCGGAUCCGAAAUUGCGCCUCGUGUUGAUGUCGCAAGAUUUGAUAGGCCUAAAUUCCCACCACUACAACAUCGCGGCAAAGGGGAUUCUCGUGGACACGGUGCGGAGGUGGAAGCUCGUAAAUCCUGACUCGAUGCGGGGAGGUGAGAGUGUAUCACAGUGAAAAAAGCCCCCACCCCAUAUUCACAAGACAAUUUGUGUUGCUGGAUUUGUGUACACAAAUGAGCUCUGUAUUGCGGCAAGAGAAGGACAUGGCAUAUUGUUCUAAGCCCAUUGGGGUACUACGCAUCCGGCUAGUAAGCCCAUUGGGGUACUACUACUACGCAUCCGGCUAGCAGCUGAGCAUGAGAAACAAGUCUGACAUAAACGGAAGCGCAUGACAGAGUCGCUGUACAGUGCGCCACAUGGGUGCCGUUUGCCUUGUGCGCAAGACAAAGCUGAUUUUUGAUCACGAAUCAGCAUAACAAAUUUCCUUUUCGAUAUGGGGAGGGGAGAUUUUUCCUCACGGUAGAGCGGAAACGGUUACCAGUGGGACGCUAUGAACUGCAAAAGUAUCGUACUCGUAUAAAUGCAUGACGUGGCCUAGGUACGCACAUACGACUCGGUAUGCCAAAUCGUAUGUGGGGCGUUACAAUUUUCGCGCUUUUUGCAUCGAGAAAACCCGCCAAAAAGCAGCACCGAGCCCGGUGCGGUUUGUAACGUAUGGCAGCACCGAGCCCGCCAAAGUAUGUCUUUUUUCCCACCUACAAAAUUCGUAUGGUAGCGGCGCGCCUUCACAAUACAUUUUGGCGCACCGAGGCGGCGCGCAAAAACUUCGCUGGGAAGCGCCCGCCUUUGAAACAUUAUGCGCCUUCGCUGUGUACUUGCUUCUGUCAUUCCUCGCGCCCGCAUGAUGUACGCCCGCGCGCGCCUUUGCCCAUCGCAUGCUUGCGCGACGCGCCGCGCAAGUCGGUGGCCCCAGACUAGUUUCGCACGCCUGUCCCUGGUGACGCGGGCGCCUUCGCCUGCUGCGUUUUUUACUUUGCCCUCGAACGCGGGCCAAGGUCCGGGCUUUGUUUUUCUACCCGCCAACAAGGCACGCGCGCGUGGUCUCGCGACGUAGCCGACGGGCCCCCCCACCCCCCCCUGUGUUCCGCCCGUCUGCUGCUUCGUUCGUGACUACAAGUUGGCGCACCGAGGCCGUCAGCCUCGGUGCACCGAGGCGGCAAUUCCGAAAAACUUGCAUUUUUGGCCUCGGUGCGCCAUUUCGUAUGUGCGCCCUGAAGAAACUUCUUCUAGCCUCGGUGCGCCAACUUGUAGUGGCGUACCGAGGCCAAGACACUACCGAGGCGACGUCAUGCGUUACAAAUUUUCUCAGUAUGAGAAAUAAAAUUUGUAAUGCGGAUUUACCUUAAGAGCACGAUUUGUAAUGCAUGUUUGCGAUUACUACGAGUACGAUACUUUUGCAGAGGAUAGACGCCUGGUACGUCCCCGGGCGGUACCGGCUGGAGGCGAAUAAGUGGAUGAAAACACAUAUCCUGUGCAAAAACGUCUUCGCACCGGUAGUAAUCGCAAUCAUGCAAGACAAAUACCUUCUUCAAGAUAAAUCAGCAUGUCAAAUUUAAGUUCUCAUCAUGCUGAGCGAAUUUGUAUUGCAAUACUACGAGGACGAUAUUUUGCAAUUCAUACCACACGGAGUUGAUCCGGCGUCGAACGGAGGUGCGGCACACGCGGAAUUUCUCCAUCUUCUACCCGCUGCGCGAAGACUCGAUUCAUCUUCAAGUACUAGCUUUACUACUGGUCGGCACAACAACCAGGCGGAAAAAUCGAGCUGGAACAACAACUCAACACAGCAGCGGACGCAGCUCCAAGAGGAAAACGCAGCUGAGCAGUGGGCUUCGAGUCUGGAACUGGAGCAGCUGCUUUCCGCAGCACUGGCGGCGGACGUUGCACCAUCUUCAUCGCAGGGAAAUUAUGUUGUUGGUGAUCAACAUUAUGGCUCCCCGUGUGACCACCCAUGGAGCAACAUGAGCAGCACCACAUCAGCAAAUACAUCUGCAACACCAUCAGCUAGUACAAUAUCUGCAACAGCAGUGCCGAAGAACGUGAACGACAUUGACUCUACGUUUUUGCAAGCCCUGCAACUCAGAAAGCAAAUCAACGAGGUUCCUGACUGGAAGCUGAAAAUGAUCCUGAUGACACUGGACUUGAUGGGCCCAGCCUCGAACUUCUACAGCAUUGCGGCGAAGGAAAUUCUAGUAAACAAAGUGCAAGCUUGGAAUUUGACACACGACGGCCUGGAGCGACGGCCCGAAGCAAACGCUUACCAGUGGGACACCUGGUUUAUCGCGAACAGCCUUCGGCGCGAAGCGAGCAAGUGGUUGAAAAAACACGGAUACUACGAUGCGGCAACGAGUACCGCAGUGCACGAAAACUUUCUGCGCCUUCUCCCCACCGCAAGAGCACUGCAUAAUUGCGAUAGCAGUUUUAGUUUAAGUUUUUCAGCUGAUGUUGCUAGUCAGUCGCAGUGUAGUGUCGCAAAGAUCCAGACGACGCUCCUCCACGAACUCCACUUGGACGAGCAGUGGGCUGCUACGGGUUCCGCGGAGCAGUGGGCGGCUAGCUUGGAACUGCAACAGCUGCUUGGUGAAGCGCUGGGGCAGGAGGAGGUGGGGGUCGUGCAGCAGCCGUGUCAAGGAGACGAGUCCUCUGACAGUUCCUACUGUGGUGCAACAUCAUGGAGAAGCGCAGCAGGCACAGCUACAGCACGCACAGCAGGAGCGCCGGAAGCUGCAGCUACAACUACUGCUGACCACCGCUACUACACAACACCAGGUCCAACACAGAGCUGGUUUUUUUCCUCUGGAGACACCAGCUGGUGUGACAGUGGCCGCGGGAACCUCCAGAUGGCGCCUUCUAGCACAACAUGGGCGCCGCGGGCGCCGUCAAGAACAACAAAAGACACGACUGCGGCUUUGAGAAGCGAUUCAAGGAACAAAAACACUGCUCCUGCAUCUGGAACAGCGAAUAAAACCUUAGCGUUCGGCAAAAAUCAUUAUUCGCCGAAAGAGGAUGAACAAGAUUUGCAGAGCUACCGCUACAAUGGGAUGAGCCAUCAGAACUACUGCAACCACGAAGGAGAAAAUCUUCUGCCUGAACAGAAACAACUACAACAACCAGAAGUAGCACGGCCGAGCGCUAGUACUUCUUCGGAACCAAUACAACUUUCGGAUUGGAAAAGCAAGCAGCGGAAGAAGUACAAAAUCAAGAUUGCGGACGCUUUUGUCGAGCAGGACAUGGAAAAGGCGCAGCGAUUCGCGCAGCUUCUGGCGGAUUUGGAUGGAGAUGAUGUUGACGAGACGGACUGAUAGACGUUUCUGAUGCAGUAGCAUCUGAGAUUAUAAGUUGUAUCCAAAGCUAAAAAUAAUCCUCCAUCCUCCUGGAGAAGAAAACACUUCAAGUUCAACGUCAUCGUCUUCCAAUCACGACAUAGUUUCCAAGAUAUUGCACAAAACAAUCGCAAAGAUUGACGAAAAGAUAAAGACUUCCAAGAACUACUGCACUAGAAAGCGACACAACUUCUGUUGAGAGGACAAUUUCAAGAAGUGUGUUGCGUUCCUGUCGUAACGUUGUAAAAAAGAUAAAGUUCUAUUUGGCCAAGAUGCAAGAACUCACGUCUAGGAGGCUUACACGUAGUUAUUGUGAUGCACCCUCCUGAAGGCGGUGCUGGUGGCGAGGAAGAUGUUAGGUUGACGAGACGAGCAGUUUGUUCUUGUUGUGCUCCCCUUCGGACGGUCAAUGUGUUGGACCUGGUGCUUUGUGAUCUAUUGCCUGAGAACUCUCAACAGCUCAUCUUCUUGAGAGUGAUUCUACAUUGAAAAGGAGAACACUUUCAGCUCGAAAACGAAAACCACCAACGUGCGUAAGCGUCUCUGUUGGUGUGCACCGCU